GAAGAGGACAGAGCUCCAACGUUACCGAGAACAGUGACUGGAGUUUUCUUCUUUUCUGGUGCCAGUCCAUAUUCGGUCUGAAGCUCCUCUUGCUGAAUUCGUGCCUGGUGUAAGAUCUUCCGCGACAGACGCUCGUCUACGUACUUGUCUUCGUUUUCUGCCCGACUGUCUCUGCUCUUCACCCGGCCUCGGGCUCGCACCGUGUCCGCCUGCAUGAUCUGGUCAGCCAGCGCCACCGCUGCUCCGCUCGUCUCUCCUCCUCCUCCUCCGCCUUUGGAUCGCUUCACUUUCGGCAUCGCUGUAGUUUGACAGAAGUUGUUACGAUAUUGGCGCGUCUGUUGUUGGCGUGUGCUACCUAAAGUCUAGAAUUAACAAGUACUGUAAACAGUCACUUGUUCAACACGUGCGGAUGUCCAUUACAUGGGGGAAGUGACGUCAUUUACGUCACGUAGCAUCGAAACGUCUUUAACUAACCCUUAACCUAGCAAGAAUGCGGUCAUCUUAGCUGUUUUUGUUGGCACCACUGUUUAUUGUCGACGUUAUAUGACUAUCCAGCCGAAUGAAUUGUCAGGAAUGCUUCUUGGCUGUAAAAUCUUAAAUACUCUUAUUUAACUUUACCGGAUGGAUAACUUUUCACCCGGAAGUAUUCAACCGAAAGCCGAGAAAACAUUUGGAGGCAAAACAUCAAUGGGGGUCACUUGUGUGUGCCAGGUGCCUGUGUCAGAGGGGAAGAGUGUGCAGCAGACAGUGGAUACCAUGCACAAGAAACUGGAGCAGCUGGGUGCUGUGAAGCAGGGCAGCUUCUGGGUAGACUGCGAGACAUACCAUCCAACAGGAAAUGUCAGCGGUCAGCCCUCCAAGCUCUUAUACGUGAUGCACAAUUCUGAAACUCCCCUGAGCUGCAUUGCUCUGUUUGAAGGCGGGCCGUGCCUGGUAGCUGACACAAACUUUGACGUUCUCAUGGUGAAACUAAAAAGUCACUUCCAGAAUGCCAAGGCGCACAAGGUGGAGUGCCGUGGUUCUAGAUACCGCUACUGUGACUUCUUAAUAAAAGUUGGUACUGUGACAAUGAGCUCCAGUGCCAGAGGGAUAUCAGUAGAGGUGGAGUACUGCCCUUGUGUGGUUCCAGGGGACUGCUGGAAUCUCACAAAGGAAUUCAUGCAGUCCUUUCUUGGCCCCAGCGUCCCCGAACUGCCGUCUGUCUUUGCUGCCAAGCCUGAAGGACUCUUUGCACCAUCAGACUGCGUUGACACGAUGACUCAAUACUUGGAGUUGUUCAACAAACUUCGUAAAAUGCAAAUGCCAGGAAGUAACGUGCGUUGAGUUGUCAACGGCAAUGGAGAGACAUUUUCUUUGUUUGUAUUGAUGUUGCUUUAAUUCUGGUCCAGUGGAUCAACAUGUUAUCCAGGACUUUGUCAGAGCCUGGGGUUUUAUAUUUCCAUUUCUGAAGCCUCAACAUUGCAUUACACCUGUUUGAUGAAAGCAUCUUUUAUUAAAGAUACUUACUGAAAGGCUAGAGUAGCUAGGACCUGUGUUUCUGACUAAUUACUUCUAAUUUUCUAUUGCUGGGGUUGUAACUUUCUCUAGAGACUUUUUUUCUUUUUUUGCUGAAAGUAAAAUGACACAUAAUUGAUUGUUUUUCUAUUGGUUUAUCUUAUUAGAUUUCCUGUAAUGGGCUAUUACUUUUCUAUUUGGUUAUCUUAUUAGAUUUCUUGCAAUGGGUGAUGGCUAUAUGCUUAUGUUUAGUAAGUUAAUAAUGUUUUAAACAGGAAAAACCUUAUUGAAGUAUGAACAAGGACAUCUGCAUAUGUUCAGAGAACUGCAGAUCUCAGUUCAAUGAUGUAUAUUCAAUAGACAUUUUUUUGUGGUAGAGAUUUUGACUUGGAGAUAUAAAAUACAGGUAACAUGAAUUAA